ACUCAGGAAAAUAAUAUAAAAACAGUAGUUAAAUAAAUUUUUUUUGGACCUCCCCUUGAAUAAAUCCUGGUUGUGCCACUGACAAGUACACAGUAUAAGAUACCAUUCAUUAUUAGCAGUAUACCAUCCAAGAAGACUUAUACAAAUUUCAGUGAUUUGAUAAUAUCGAACGUGGAAAGUCAUGAGCUUAAUACUUGUGAGAAUGUUUAAAGAAAUCCCUAAGUUAAACAUUUUAAUAGUGAUUAACACACACAAAAUAUCAUUAAAACCUAUAAAAAAUGCUCUAAAAAAGUUAUUCAAACACAAAAAAUAAUAAUAAAUGUGUCAUAUUAAAAUUUAUUUUUAUAUUUAGAUGUGUAGGCAAUGUAGUGUCUACUAUAGAACCUACAAUAAUAUCCACUGUAACUGAAGGACUAUCAACUACAAACAUAGACAGUUAUACUAGUCAUACUAAUAGUACAACUUCUGAAAACUUGUUUAAAGGACGACGAGUAGUAGACGUGUAUCAUAUUUUCAAUCAGAUUCAAAAUAUUGUCCACAUAAAUAAUAUUGGUUGUUCGUUUUUAGAUAUGACUUUGAUAAAUGAAAAACAGUUUGGAUUUAGAACAGUGUUUAAUUUUAUUUGUAAAAUGUGUAAAGUAAUAUCAUACAUAGAAUCGGAAAAACAAAAACCCGAUACAUAUAUGCCAAUCAAUCAAUCAGCAGUAAGCGGCACUAUUGCUAUUGGUAUUGGCUAUAGUCAAUUAUCAGAAUUGUGUGCAACAAUGGAUAUUCCAUGUAUGUCUUCAAAUACAUUUAUAUCGGUUCAAGAAGAUUUUAGUCAACAAAUUCAUACAAUUUUUGAAAGAGAAAUGCAAAUUGCUGGUGAGGAAGAGAGACGGUUAGCCAUAGAGUCUGGUUAAAUUAAUACAGAUGGUACGCCAAUGUGUACUGUAGUGGUUGACGGGCAAUUGUCAAAAAGAAGCUAUAAGACUAAUUAUGAUGCAUUGUCUGGCGUAGUAAGUUCUAUAAUGAACUUUUAUUAAGUUUUUCAUCAAAUAUUUAUAGAUACCUACUAUAGCAUUUUCUAUCCAUGAUAAUAUAAUAAAACUAUGACCUGAUCUAAUUUGUAAUUUUUAUAGGCAACUAUUAUUGGGUAUAAAUCAAAAAAAAUUUUGUUUAUCGGAAUUCGUUAUCGGUAUUGUGCCAUUUGCCAAAGAACGAAAAAUAAAGGUACACCCAAAUCUGAUCAUACUUGUUUUUUAAACUGGUCAAAAAGAACUACAAGUAUGGAAGCAGAUUCAAUUGCAGAAGGUUUUAAACGAAGUAUGGAAUUACAUGGAUUGAAAUACAAUAAACUAAUAGGUGAUGGUGAUUCUAGUGUGACAAAAAGGCUCUCUGAAAUUAUGCCUUAUGGUCCUAAAUUUCAUAUUAAAAAAAUAGAAUGCCGUAAUCAUUUGUUACGAAAUUACGUAACAAAAUUAUCAUUAGUAACCAAAAACAUCAAAUAUCCUUACCUGAAUUUAAGAAAACAUAUCCAAAGUAAUAUAAUGAGAUUCAGAACUGCAAUUGUUAAAUCAAUUGAAUAUCGUAGCAAAUUAAUCAACCAAUCUGACGAUGAUAAACGUUUAGGUUUGCGUAAGGAUAUUUUGAACAGUGUUCACCAUAUUUUGGGUUCCCAUGUUCGAUGUGAAAAGUAUUUCUGCAAUGGGCCCAAAUUAAACGAGCACAACUUUACUGAUGACGCAGAAAAAUCUAAAGUUAUUGACGAAAUUACGCAGUUAGCUAAUCGAUUAGUAACUCAUGCCGACAGUUUAUUAAUGAAUGUGGAUAACAAUGUUUGUGAGCAAUUUAAUAAUAUAAUAAACAAGCAUUUAUCUGGUAAACCAAUGGAAAUGUUUUGA